AAUGAAACGCAGCUUUGAGGCAGGGCUUUUAUUUUGUCACCGAGGUUCCUGAUGCUGGGGGAUGCGCCUCUCUGUGCUCUGACGCUGCUCUAUGUAAAAUUAGCUGGCUGCAGCCUUUCAGGGACACCUCUUGCGGACCGCCCGAGCCCACAGUGCAGUAAGUAACUGUUAAUAUUCCUAAAAUGGAUCCGAGAAGACGCCGACAUUGCAGGGAGCAGCGUGCGCUUUGUGUCUGAGCUCCGGGAAAGUGUCAUUCCACGGCUUCGGCAGCCUGUGCCGACCGCUGCAUGUGUAGAUGUGGCAGGCUGAUACUAGUUGAAUCUGGAGCGCACAGCUGGACAAUUAUCGGGCUGGACAGAUGCAGUGCUCAAUUAGUCGCUUCUAAAUGGAAGCUGUGUAUUUAAUCAUUGUUUGGUUUUUGUAAGAAAACGCUCUGUGCAGAUGCAUCAACAUCUCCAGUUGCAGUCCAGAUUUGACUGGUCUACGGCGGGCUGAACAAUUAAACGUAUCCAGUCAGGGAGCGUGUUUACCCUGCGACCACAGACAGCAAGCAGGAUUUCUGAAUGCAAUAGAUGUCAGAUAAACAAGAAACGGGGGGUUGAGUUACUGUAAUGAGAUGUUGCGUGUAGUAUUUCAGUAACAUGUUUAUUUGUAAGAAGAUGUUGUGAAUUGCAGGUUAAUGUGUAGCCACGCAGGCUGCCUUUGAUUGGCUGAGAGUGAGGGCUGAAGCAGUUGAGGGUUUGUAGAUCAAAGGCCACGUUAGUCCAAAGUUCAGUCUCCAGAUAUCACAAUUUAUUGCUAAUGAAGCUUAAAUUAGUGCUGUUUACAACAGGAUGUGUCCUGUAACCACUUCUCAGAAACAUGCUCUCAGAUAUUGUUUGAUUCGAUCAAGUCUGAAAGGUUGUUUUGUUGUCAUCUCGUGAGAACCCUAUGGAGUUUAAUUCAAUUUAAAGAGACAGCACGCCUCCUGCACGCAAGCAAACAAGGCACUUCACUGUAUUCCUGUCAAUCCAGCAGCCAUCUUUGGUGCAAUUUCAGGUUGAGUUUCAUCAUGCUGCUGUGGCUCAUCCAUGCAGUGACCUGCUGAACCUUUGUGUCACCCUGUAGUUAAGCUGUAGCAUAUAACAAAGAGUUAAAAACCAGAUCUGACUGGGCUACAUAGACCAACAUAGAGAGGGGAGAAUGUGCAUGCAGGUCUAUAGAGCUGAUGCUGUGUUGUUUCAGGACACAAUCUUUCAUUUGUGAAAUCAUAAAUACAAAAUCUUGGUGAUAGUUUAAAUACAUCAAACAUAAUGGAUAACUCCUGGUGCUCAGGUAACCUUAAUGCCAUUUGUUAUGUACUGCUAUAAAUGAAAUACUGGGCUCACAGCAGUUCACACACUCGUGCAGAGGGCUUUGUCACUUCCCAAGAGCUGCUUGCAGGCAUAGUUUGGGGGUUGGUUGCUCCCAUUAUAGGGCUCUGCAAUUUAGUGCUUCACAACCCUCAUGUCAGGUCAGCCAUCACCAUGGCAACAAUAUGCUGAAUAAGCACCAUGGCAAUCCAGACAGGGGCUUUUAUUUUCACAAGUCCUCCUACGCUGACUUGUGUCUGCAAAAGAAAACAAGAUGUGGAGGUCUGUAACUCCUAGGGUGAGAGCUGGAGCUGUACCCUGCAGGCCUGCAACAAUAUCACUCCAUCACAGCCUAAUGCUAGUCCUGAUUUGUAAUCAACAUAUAUAAAUGUUACAACAUAAGCAGUUUGGGUUUUAUUUCAGCAAGGGUGUCUCGGAUUGUCAGGACAUGCUUGUCUAGUUUUUUCGUCAUCGCGUCCAUAUUCUUUUGAGCACUGAUUACUGUAACAUCCUUCUUUCCUCAGAUAAAUAUGGCAGCAGAGCUCUCCACUUCCAUAAACAUCAAAGAGCCCCGAUGGGACCAGAGCACAUUCAUGGGUCGAGCUAAACAUUUCUUCACUGUCACAGACCCAAGGAACGUCCUCCUCACCAAUGAACAACUAGCUCAUGCACAUAAAAUCAUCACUGACUACAAGUAAGCGACACUGCAGCUACACAGCAGGUACCAGUGGCAUGAAUGUAAAAUCCAAAGAUGAAUUUGUCUAAAGUGAUAUCUUAACUGUAUCCUAGACAGGGUAUAGUCUCUCCAGGACUGACAGAGGAUGAACUGUGGAGGGCAAAAUAUGUUUUUGACUCAGCUUUCCAUCCUGACACCGGCGAGAAGAUGAUCCUGAUUGGCCGCAUGUCAGCGCAGGUUCCUAUGAACAUGACCAUCACUGGAUGCAUGAUGACUUUUUACAAGUAAGAACAUGGUGACUCUACUGUCUGUGAGUUUGACACUCAAGUUUAAAUAUGAUCCUCCCUGAAUUUAAACCGUUGCCUUUUGGUAGACAUCAUAAAGGCUCAGUGGUAAUGUUUAUGACAUCUGAGAGGAAAUGACGGAUUUUAAACAAAUAACCAGCGUGAUAUUACCCCUGCCAAACCAGUACUAAAUGCCCACUUACAUUUGGAUUUUUCUCCUAUACUGAUCCAUUUUUCUUACAUCUGUGUGUAUGUUUCCCUUUUCUUAGACUCAAUAAUAACCUGGUUGCCAGUUGUGCUGUUGCUGUGUUGGUUUUUAUGUUACUCUAAGUUGCACUAAGCUUUGUGUUUCUUUGCGUUCCUGUCCAAGACAAGUUUCCACUUUGGAUCUUAUCAACCUAAUGACUCAACAGUUUGUAUUUCCUCUGUAGCAAUCAUGAAUGGGUGUGGAUGUUAUUGCAUUUUGUAGUCAAAUAUGCUGACUAGGUUAUCCCACGUUCUUCUCAAAAAUGUUAUGUUAUGUGGAUCAAAGUAAAUCUAAGACAUGGCACUUGUAGUUAAUACAGUAUAAGCACCCUGUCUACCUGCAUGAGGGUGAGUGCCAGUAGGCUGCUGUAUUUCAUGUUAACUGGCACUUUUAUUCUCCAUUUACUUAUUUUUAAAUUAAUUUCAUUUGUAUAUGAGACAGUUUUCAGAAGUGAGUGGGCAUCAUGAAAAAUCUUUUGGCAAAGCCUAAUAAUCCUUACUUUUUCUAGUUUUUAUUGUUCAAAAAAGUCCAUUGUUUGUGUGUCAGGAGAUACAUCUUUCUGCUUUGUGGUCUCUCCACACUCUGCUAAUGACCCCACUAUUUUCAAACUUAUAGGACGACUCCAGCCGUGUUGCUCUGGCAGUGGAUCAAUCAGUCUUUCAACGCAAUAGUCAACUACACCAAUAGGAGUGGUGAUGCUCCGAUCACAGUCAGGUAAAAGACAGAAGUUUUAGCCCUGAUAGCAGCUCGUAUUAACCCUGGUAAUGCAUCAUUUUUUGAGUUCUUUGCUUGGUUUGAUCGAUGACUCUUGUGUUUGCAGUCAGCUUGGCACAGCGUAUGUGUCUGCCACCACAGGGGCAGUUGCCACCGCUCUAGGACUAAAUGCACUAACAAAGGUAUCAGCUCAUGUAACCCCAUCUUACACCCCAUUUUAAUGUAUCCGCCUCAGCCAUGUGUGCUGCUGUUAAGUUAGGUUGCACAAAUGGUCCUUUGUCACAGAGAAGUUGUUAUUUACACAGUUGUGCUGUCAGUCCACCCUUUACAGUAAUCCUGAAAAAACAAACUGCAUGUCCAACACCUGGAAUAUGUCAUUUGAUAAUCUACAUUAGCAUUAGACUUCUAUUUGUCUUGAAGGUCAAAUUUUCUCUAAGGUUACAGCAGAUCAAAGUUGUCUAUUCUCUCCCUUCUCCUGCUGUAGCACAUCUCUCCUCUGAUUGGACGGUUCGUUCCAUUUGCAGCUGUAGCUGCUGCUAACUGUAUCAACAUCCCUCUGAUGAGACAAAGGUAGGCAAUUGUUUUCAAUCAUGUCAACAACUGCAACACAUGAUGGCUUUAGUCUUGAGUCGACUCUACAUAAAUGGUUAAAAAGUCGCAUGAAACACAUUGGAAAGACCUAUUCUUCUUUGUGAAUUUGAUACAUGGUCAGAUGAUUACAUUUUCGUUGCUCUGUCCCUUCAGAGAACUUCAACACGGCAUCCCUGUAACAGAUGAAAAUGACAACAGGUUAGGAGAGUCGACAAAAGCUGCUCAGCAGGCUAUCUCUCAGGUCGUGGUCUCCAGAAUCCUCAUGGCGUCUCCAGGAAUGGGUAUGAGUAUCUUUGUAUCCUCUAGUAGCAUUGUUUGAGCAAAAAUGCAUAGAUUCUUCUAAGUUUAAGUGUUGUGUGCAUUGAUAUUUCAUUUUUUUUUUUUAGCUAUCCCCCCAUUCCUGAUGAAUCAUUUGGAGAAGAAGGCUUUUCUGAAGGUAGGCACAUUCUUACUACAUCCCUCUAACACAAACCGCACCACAGAGAGCUUCAGGAACCUUUUCAUACCUGAUUUCAUGAAAUACCACAGUUGGAGCUUCAUGUCCUGCUCUGUCACAACUCGGUUUUCCUUUAGUUAUCAUACUUUGCAGGAAAGAAAAGCUCUGCAGACAUGAGGCCACUCUAGUGAAGGGAUUCAGCUCUGCUUUUGUGGCUCUCAUUUGUGUUUCUGCCUGGUCUUUUCAGAAGUUCCCAUGGAUGAGUGCACCUAUUCAAGUCAGCCUGGUGGGAUUCUGGUGAGUCGUCACAGAUGCUCCACCUGAUAAGCAGCCAUGUGAAAUUCCUUUGAAUCUCCAACCUAAUUACUUGCUGUACAGCAACAACAUGCCACUAAUCCAAAUAUUUAUACCACUAUGAACUUUUUUUGAGGAAUGUGCUCUAAAGAUUUGCCAGUUUUCUUAGAUCUCAUUAUGAAACUCUUUAUGUGAGAUUUGUUUACUGGUUCUGUUUCGCAGUAAAAUGAGUGAUAUAUCUACAGUAAGCUGGUUGAAAUGGUCAAAGGACAAUUUUAAAACAGUUCCUACAAAACACAACAGUUUAAGUGCUGCCUCUCUCUCAGAAAAUACACAAAUAGCCCCUCAUGUGAGCUCUUGAAUGGCUGCACCACAUCUCCUGUGACACCAGAGAGACCGAUGAAAAUCAUGUGAAACAUUCCUCUUUUUGAACCAUAAUGACAAGAGAGUGAUUGGAGCAGCACACACACUGACACACACACACAGCCACAUGAGUAGACCUCGUUUAGGAUUUAACAGUAUUUGGAUAUCUGCCCAACAUUUCUGAAGCUGUUUAGAUUAAAAAAUGUUUUGUCUUCGAGAUUUAUAUUUAAGUUUUUGUCUGUCAAUCUAAUGACAUUUAUUGAUUUUCAACAUUUUUAGAUCGUAUUGUUAUAAAUUGUUCCUCUUAAUCUUAACUCCUUGAUCACAACAAAGCAGUGUCCGCAUUAUACAUAGCAGAGCAUUCCUGCCAUUGAUUGUAUAAAAACAUAGACAAAGCCUUGAUCGUCUCAGUCUCAGUUUUGCAGAGCUGAUAGGAAGUCUAAAAACAGCUGUCACCAUGCUGUAAAUGUCGUCUCUAGCUUACUUUUGACUGAACGAGAAUCAGGCACAAAGGAGAGUUUGAGGCCAUAGCCUUGCUGCCUCGACAACAGCGUCAUAUAAACCAAGCCCCUAAUUUAGUAUAACAAUAUGUAGUUCUGCAUAUCUCCUACCUUCAGCUGUUUUGUAAUCAAAGCAAAUGAGGAAAUAGAGAUCAUUAAUUCUGAUGUAAGAAUGGUCAUCUUAAUAUGGGCUCCGGCAGGGUUUUCUUGGCUUCCUGGAGUCAGCCUCGUGUGGACACUUGAAGAACUGCAGAUUUAUUUUGUUUGUGUACUGGCUCCAUUUUUUGACCCUGAAUGUUGCUCGAUCUCAGAUUUCACCAGAACUCAUUGAUCAUGUACAACUAUGCACAACUUUGCAUGAUAAAGUUGUUUGUUGGGAAAGGUCCUCUUAAUUUCAGCUUGAAGAAUCGAUACGUCGGCUCCCACGUCAGUCUCAGUCCAGGUUAUUCACGUAACAAUUGAAACUAUCACAGGAGUCAGAGCAAGAGGCUCAGACUGAAGCUUGUUUGUUGAAUAGAUUAUUUUCUCUUUCCAGCCUGGUGUUUGCCACUCCACUGUGCUGUGCAUUGUUCCCACAGAAGAGGUAAGUCAAACAUUUAAACUCAUAGCAACAAACGUGUUAUCGCUGCAGGAAAUAGCCUUAUCCCCAGCAGAAUAUUUGCAGGACUUGCAGGAUCCCUCAGCCUGGAAAGUUGCACAACUACAGUGUUUAUGUUUGAUCCAUUAACCCCUGUGUGUCCUCUGCCCGCUCCAGCUCUAUGUCAGUCAGCCGCUUGGAGCCGGAGCUGCAGGAGAAAAUCAGGGCCAACCACCCGGGGGUGGAGAGGGUCUACUUCAACAAAGGGCUAUGAGUGUGUGACCCCCCUCAUCCUAACACUGCCAUAACACAGCUGCAGGCUCAGUCCUCUCUCUGCCUCCCUCCUCAUUCAGUGUGCCAAAGUUAAGUUAGUGUAUCCUCGUUUCCAUCGUUCAGACGGGCAUCUGAGGACUUCUUCUCUCACUCACUGUUCUGUAAUGAGAUGUUUGCUUUUUUCAAUGUGAUUGUUUAUUUUAUUGUAACUGCUCGAGAAGUUGUCUGACUGGGCCUGAAGAAAAGUAACGUUUCGACAGAUACAGUUAAUAGGCCCAUGUUAGGUUGUUUCAAGUGGACUUUUUUCUGCGCAGUAUUUUUUACGUUGGUGACUUGUUGGUGCACACCGCUGCCAAACCAUUGCCAUACACCAGAUAGUUAGCUUGGCUGACUGAUUAUUUCCUACACUAUUUUUAAUUGAUUAUAAUCAGGAUACUAAUGAGUCAAAGACCUCUGAAGCACAACAACCUCGCACAUCUGACAGUGUUAUUUCAAAGAAAAGCAUUUACUUAAACUUACUUUAAUUCAGUUUCAUUCACUAAAUACGAACCUUUCAGUGAGCACGAAGGCCUCUCUGUAUGAUCAUUAACCUACAAAUCAUCCUCAAGGGACCCACCCUAUAAAAUGUGAUGAUUAGUGUUGGCAGCCAUUGGGGGGCCAUCAUGGUGCUAUUUGAUGUCUUAAUAAUCAGUGUUAAACAUUAUAGUCAUUCUGCUUGCCAAACAUGCAUGAACAAACCACUCCUCUUAUACGCAACAUGAGAUUUUUAGAAUUUAUCAAAUAAAAAUAUGGGAAAUCAUACUGGGAGCUGAAAUGGUGAUGGGUGAAAGUGUUAUUAAUGGUUAUCUAAAAAAUGCCAUACUGGCUCUAAUAAAUCUAAUCCAGUAGUUGAUUUAUAGUAGUUAAUUCAGAAUGUUGAUCACAGCAUUUGUAACCUUUAAACUCCACAAGUCAAUCACAGACUUGUACGGUAUUUUGCUUCUGUACCUGAACAUACAUCAAUAUUUCAGGUUUAAACACUCAUUUCAUUUAGGUUUGUCUUUAAAGUGUUAUUAUACAUUCAAAUACACUGGAUAACUUUUUAAAAUAAAACUCAGUGUUUAGGAAAAAAUGUCAAGAACAUUGUCGUGAAUAUUUGACAGCAAGGGGUCAAUAACAGAAAAUCUGACCGACAGAGAUUCAGUUUCGAAACACAACCAUUACUGUGAAAUCUUCUAAAACAAUUUUAUUUAAAUUCUCUGCAGAAAAGCUGGUGAGAUUAAAUACAAUUACAUUAGUAUAGUUAACAUCCUCUUGAUCAGUGUUAAUAUUAUACCUUGCUGUCAAGGUGAAGCACAAUGACACAUUACUUAUUACCUGUAGUUAUGUCACAGCUCUCUCCUGUCUAACUGAUAAAGCAGGCGUCACCUGACGUUUUAGCUUUCGUUCUCUUUCUCCACAUGCAGUAUUCACUCUUUAGAUAACAAUGUGCUUCUGAUACGUUUGGGCACAGUUGGUGUAAACUGUGAACUUGAUACCCGAUGGCUCUCAUCCAAAAAUCUGCCAUGUCGAUCUGCUGGUCUGUAUAGUUUUAAACAUUUGUGCCAAAUACACAGACUCUGUUUUAUUUUAUGAAACUGCAUAGGAGGUAUUUGGUAUGGCAAUGUGCAUGAUUUAAUAUUUGACUUUCUUAAAAUCAGGGAUUACAGAGGGAAAGAUCAACUCAAAGAUUCAAAUAUCCCUUUACAUUAAAUAUUAGACCAAUUUUUCCCUUUGUUAAAUCUGUAAAAGUGAUUUAAUGUGUUUGAAUUGUUUGCUUCGAUUGAGGCAAAUAUUGUUAUUUCAAAUUUAGAGACCUCAUCAAUGCUUGUGAACAUUGAUUUGUUUUAAUUGCAUCUUUUGCUCAUCAUGAUGUGUAAUUUCUGUCAAGUGUUAAAUGUUUAAUAUACUGUAAAUCUACUUGCAGAUAUUGGUGUAUAAGUAAUUUCAUUUUAGAUUGUUAGUGUUUCCAGAGAGCUGUUGGAGUUGGUGCUGUUCCCCAGCUGGUUUGAAGUGAAGUUUGUUAUUCUAGUCUCAAAGAGUAAAAUGAAUGUAGCAUUUCACAGUCAACACUGUUAGCCGUGUUUUUAGUCAAGAAAAGCACAAUGUUGUAACAGAUUUUAAAUGCUGCACAUUUUUAGAACUUGUUGAACCUCGUUUAGUUUUGUGAUCACUGUACUUUUCUGUACAUCCUCAGUCAGUGAGGAGAGAGAAAAGACGAGUAUUCAAUGUUCCCUCUGGUGGACAUUAUUUGAAGUAUUAUCCCCUAUCUUAUAAGAAGUAAGGCCUCUUCUAUGUGCUUAAAAGUACAAAACUAACUCCCUCACUAAUAACAUCUUCACAAGCUUCAAUCUGCCAAAUCAAAUAAAGUGUCACUAUAGCCAAAGCGAUACAAGGUGACUCAAGAGGAAGAAGUCAUUUACACCAAGCAUCAGUUAAAUGAGUAUUUUUUAAGAGAAAAUUAUGGGAGAAAAUGGUAUUUGAUUGUUUUGCAAUACACUGGGAUGAUUUGAUGUUUAAAUUAACUGGAUGAAAUAAAGUUGAUGAAACGUGUG